GUCCAGCUGUCCAUGUCACAUACCUGUUUCCUCACUCAGUCAAAUCAAUACUUUCGCUUGUGCCCCCCUCCAACGUUAACACCGCUAGUAACUGUUCAGUGGGUAAAUGCACUAUUUCUAGCAUGUUCUUGUAGGUUGCUAUUUCCUAUCAACAGGCAGGUCCUACAGAAUAUCACAAUCACUUGCGGUUUUGCACUGGCAGCCUUACAAAUUUUGUCGUUCGGCGAUUGAAACAGGCCUUGAAGCUUGGAGCACUGUUGUGUUUAAUAUCUGAUGCUACUGCUGUCCUUCGAUUAGGGUAGUGGCAUGGGUACGGGUAAAACCAUGGUGUAUCGCUGACAGGUCUGGCGGGUCUGGGUAUGGUGUGGAUUGUGGAGACCCACACGUACACUGUGCUUACCUGUGGCAGUUUGCGGUGUUGGACGGGUGUAGAGACCUGCAGGUCCACCUGUGCUUAAC